AUGGACCAGUUUGGGUCGUGGCUUGUGCUUCUAACGGGGUUGCUCGUGGUUCUCGGGUGGGGAGUGCGUGACGUGUGGGAGGAGAUGAAAUCUAGGGCUGCCACGCAAGGCACGUGUCCCCUUCCGCGUGAAUUCCGGCCGUCGGAUGAAGAGCUAUUGGGCCGGCUUCCGCAAUAUAAGCGGCUGGUGUUGACUCAACCCAUGGCGGUAAAAUACCUGCAGCUAAUCCACAAGUACCUCGAACCGUGGCGCCCUAUCAAGAAUCUGACGUCGGGAGUGGGGAAGACGGGCAUGGUGACGCCAGAGGCGCUGGCGCGGAUGAGCAAGACGCCGGCCAUCAUGUCGUGCGCGGGGCACGUGAAGGUGAUCAACGGGAAGGUGUUCUUCCGCUAUGGGGGCUUCUUCCGCGAGUACUACCGCCUCAACCGCUUCCUGCAGACCGUCAAGAUGAUCCACGACGCGGUGGUGCAGUAUCAACUCACAGACAUGCGCAUUGAGCUGUUUGUGAACACGUGCGACCACCCCAUGGCGUUCUACAGCAGCCACAUCGACGACCGCCCGGGCAUCCCCAUGAUGAGCACCGGCUUCACUGCCGAUACCAUGGACAUCCCCGUGCCUGACCCACUGGAUCUCACUGAAGACUAUACCCCGGAUCUCGCCACACAGAUCCCGUGGGAGCGAAAGGAGGCGCGUGCGGUGUUCCGCGGCAAGACCACGUCGUAUCUGCUGAUAGACGGCAACUGGGGUGCCAACCCCCGUAUUCGCCUUCACCGCAUCUCCGAUGCGCACCCUUCCCUCAUGGACGCACACAUUAACAGGUGGUCGCACUCACGGGAAAAGGCCCAGAAUGCAAUGAAAGCUGACGGCGUGGUGACGGCGCCGCGCAUGAACUUCACGCAGUUCAACGCGUUCAAGUACCAGGUGCUGGUGGACGGAGGGGGGGGCAGCUGCCGCACGUGCGGGGUGCUGCGGUCCAACCAGCUGAGCAUCCGCCAGGAGACGCCCAUCUUCCAGUUCUAUGAGCCACUGCUGCAGGAUCGAGUGCACUGGCUCACCACCACUCGCACAUUCUCCGACCUGACUGAAAAGGUGCGGUGGGCGCAGGAGAACGACGAGGAGGUGCAGCGGCUGGUGCAGGCGGCAAACCAGUUUGCAACGUACGCAUGUACGUGGACCGGCCGCACGCUCUACUGGGGGCUCAUGCUCGUCAAGUAUUAUGACACGCUGCACAACCCAGAUGCUAUUACAGAACCACCUGUGAAGCAGAUCUGCGAUAAGAGCCCCAUGUUAAAGGCACCACCAAACACAACGGCGGAUCCAGCAUCAGUGAAGUGUGCAGACCCAGAUGCACUCAAGAAGAACCCCGAGUGCAUUUUCUUCUGCUCCUCCGGCACCAUCAACCACUUCAUCUGGCACAAAGCCGAGGCCCUGGCAGACCUCGAGAAAGUGGGGCCUCCUUGA